AGGGGAAAUUGUUUCCAGAAUUCCCCGUAAGUUUCUCUUUUUUAAAACCUUAAAUGCUGUACUGACCCUAUUUGGAGGAGGGGGACCGUGUUAUUCAUUGAGAUGGAUGCUUGGAAAGGAGAAAAUCUGACCGUGUGGAUAGACCCGGCAGCAGCUCUGCUUUUUUUUUUUUUUUUUUAAAACCUCCGCUGUAAAGAGGGUUAGAGUUGGUGCUGCUUUGCCCAUUUCAAGAUUCAGAGUUUGAAUUAUAAUCUAGGAGAUAGAAAAAUCUCUUCGAGGGAGCUUAAUCUGGUGAUUUGCUGUGUGUUACGCAAUGGGAGACAGAAGAUGCCUUGCUGUUUGGUGAGAUGAAAAGCUAGGCAAAGCCACGCAUCAAAACUCAGUAACGGUGCCUGUGUGUGCAUGUCUGCCUCUGCUUACAGAGCAACAGUGGAAGAGCCUGCAAUCUAGAGAGUUUUGAAAUUAGCUUGGCAUCACUUCUGUCUGCUUGCUUUUGACAGCAGAAGGCGAAAAGCUACUCGUUUGUGAGAGAUAAGCAACUUCUCAAAGGUUAAUGCUGAAAAGGUUCAAUCUGAAUUUUUUGGAUAACGUUACGGAGGCCAAAUGACAUAGGAUGAAGGCUGUUCGUAAUUUGCUGAUUUAUAUAUUUUCCACCUAUCUACUGGUUAUGUUUGGAUUUAAUGCUGCCCAAGACUUCUGGUGUUCCACGCUGGUGAAGGGGGUCAUUUAUGGAUCGUAUUCUGUAAGUGAAAUGUUUCCUAAAAACUUCACAAACUGCACUUGGACGCUGGAAAAUCCAGAUCCGACCAAAUAUAGUAUUUACCUGAAAUUUUCCAAAAAGGACUUCAGCUGCUCCAACUUUUCCCUCUUGGCUUAUCAGUUUGAUCAUUUUUCCCAUGAAAAAAUAAAGGAUCUUUUAAAAAAUAACCAUUCUAUAAUGCAGCUCUGCGAUUCCAAGAAUGCUUUUGUAUUUCUGCAGUACGAUAAGAAUUUUAUUCAGAUACGCCGCGUCUAUCCUAUCGAUUUCCCAGGAUUACACAAAAAAGAGGAAGACCAAAAAUCCUUCUUUGAGUUUUUGGUGUUGAACAAGGUGAGCCCAAGCCAGUUUGGGUGCCAUGUGUUAUGCACUUGGUUGGAGAGCUGCUUGAAAUCCGAGAACGGGAGAACCGAGUCCUGUGGGAUCAUGUAUACAAAAUGCACCUGCCCUCAGCAUUUGGGAGAAUGGGGAAUAGACGACCAGUCCCUGGUGUUGCUCAAUAACGUGGUGCUGCCCCUCAACGAGCAGACGGAGGGCUGCCUGACCCAGGAGCUGCAAACCACCCAGGUCUGCAACCUCACCAGAGAAGCCAAACGGCCGCCAAAAGAAGAAUUUGGAAUGAUGGGAGAUCAUACAAUUAAAAGUCAGCGACCUCGAUCUGUUCAUGAGAAAAGGGUCCCUCAGGAGCAAGCUGAUGCUGCUAAAUUUAUGGCACAAACUGGUGUUAUGGGAUUUAGAGAGUAUAAUACAGGUGAAUCUGGUGUUGAAGAGUGGGCCCAGUGGAGUACGUGUUCAGUUACUUGUGGUCAAGGGUCGCAGGUGCGAACCAGAACUUGUGUAUCACCUUACGGGACACACUGCAGCGGCCCUUUAAGAGAAUCAAGGGUUUGCAAUAACACUGCCCUCUGUCCAGUACAUGGCGUUUGGGAGGAAUGGUCACCUUGGAGUUUGUGUUCAUUCACAUGUGGUCGAGGCCAAAGAACUAGGACAAGGUCAUGUAUACCUCCCCAGUAUGGGGGAAGAUCAUGUGAUGGACCUGAAACACAACAUAAACCUUGCAAUAUUGCACUCUGCCCUGUGGACGGACAGUGGCAGGAGUGGAGCUCGUGGAGCCAGUGCUCGGUGACCUGCUCCAACGGCACCCAGCAGCGGAGCCGGCAGUGCACGGCGGCGGCCCACGGCGGCUCCGAGUGCCGAGGGCCCUGGGCCGAGAGCCGGGAGUGCUCUAACCCCGAGUGCACCGCAAAUGGCCAGUGGAACCAGUGGGGCCACUGGAGUGGCUGUUCCAAAUCUUGCGACGGCGGCUGGGAGAGGCGGAUAAGGAUCUGUCAAGGUGCUGCCCUGACUGGACAACAGUGUGAAGGAACCGGAGAAGAAGUUAGACGGUGCAGUGAACAGAGGUGUCCUGCACCUUAUGAAAUAUGUCCUGAAGACUAUUUGAUGUCAAUGGUGUGGAAAAGGACCCCAGCUGGGGACAUGGCAUUCAAUCGAUGUCCUCUCAAUGCCACGGGCACCACUAGCAGACGCUGCUCUCUCAGUGUUCAUGGAGUGGCCUUCUGGGAACAUCCAAGCUUUGCUAGAUGCAUAUCAAAUGAGUACAGACACUUGCAGCAUUCAAUUAAAGAGCACCUCGCCAAGGGACAGAGGAUGUUGGCUGGUGAUGGCAUGUCCCAAGUAACCAAGACACUAUUGGAUUUAACUCAGAGGAAAAACUUCUAUGCAGGGGACCUUCUUAUUUCUGUGGAAAUUCUCAGAAAUGUUACAGACACAUUUAAAAGAGCAAGUUAUAUCCCUGCAUCUGACGGGGUGCAGAACUUCUUUCAAAUUAUUAGUAACCUCUUGGAUGAAGAAAACAAAGAGAAAUGGGAAGAUGCACAACAGAUCUAUCCAGGCUCGGUGGAGUUAAUGCAGGUGAUUGAAGAUUUUAUACACAUUGUUGGAAUGGGAAUGAUGGACUUUCAGAAUUCAUACCUAAUGACUGGAAAUGUAGUGGCUAGCAUUCAGAAGCUUCCUGCUGCAUCUGUUUUAACCGACAUCAAUUUCCCCAUGAAAGGAAGAAAAGGAAUGGUUGAUUGGGCACGAAACUCAGAAGACAGGGUUGUCAUUCCAAAAAAUAUCUUCACCCCUAUGUCAACAGAACUAGAUGAAUCAACUGUAUUUGUACUUGGAGCAGUUCUAUACAAAAAUUUAGAACUCAUUUUGCCCACUUUGAGGAAUUUUACAGUUGUUAAUUCAAAAAUCAUCGUUGUUACUAUACGACCCGAGCCCAAAACUACGGAUUCUUUCCUGGAGAUAGAACUGGCCCAUCUGUCUAAUGGCACAUUGAAUCCCUACUGUGUGCUGUGGGAUGAUUCGAGAACGAACGACUCUUUGGGAACCUGGUCCACCCAGGGAUGUAAAACUGUGCUUACCGAUGCAUCCCAUACGAAAUGCUUAUGUGAUCGUCUCUCUACCUUCGCCAUUUUGGCUCAGCAACCUAGAGAAAUAAUCAUGGAAUCAUCUGGUACACCCUCAGUGACCUUAAUUGUAGGCAGUGGUCUUUCAUGCUUGGCCUUGAUCACCCUAGCAGUUGUCUAUGCAGCGCUAUGGAGGUACAUCAGAUCUGAGAGGUCAAUAAUUCUAAUCAAUUUCUGCCUGUCUAUUAUCUCAUCAAAUAUCCUUAUCCUGGUUGGACAAACUCAGACGCAUAACAAGGGCAUCUGCACCACAACCACCGCAUUUUUACACUUCUUCUUCUUAGCUUCAUUCUGUUGGGUUUUGACAGAAGCGUGGCAGUCAUAUAUGGCUGUUACUGGCAAAAUUAGGACACGGCUCAUAAGGAAACGUUUCCUGUGCCUUGGAUGGGGUUUACCAGCGUUAGUGGUUGCAAUAUCAAUAGGCUUUACCAAGACAAAAGGAUAUGGAACAGCCCACUACUGUUGGCUGUCUCUUGAAGGAGGGCUACUUUAUGCUUUCGUUGGACCUGCAGCUGCUGUUGUCUUGGUCAACAUGGUGAUUGGCAUUUUGGUAUUUAAUAAACUUGUUUCCAGAGAUGGAAUCCUAGAUAAAAAGCUCAAACACAGAGCGGGUCAGAUGAGUGAGCCUCAUAGCGGUUUGACGCUCAAAUGUGCCAAGUGUGGAGUAGUUUCAACAACAGCUUUGUCAGCCACCACCGCCAGUAAUGCCAUGGCAUCCCUUUGGAGUUCCUGUGUGGUGUUGCCACUUCUUGCUCUGACUUGGAUGUCUGCAGUUCUGGCCAUGACAGACAAAAGAUCAAUAUUAUUUCAGAUACUUUUUGCAGUAUUUGAUUCAUUACAAGGCUUUGUUAUUGUCAUGGUCCAUUGUAUUCUCCGAAGGGAGGUUCAAGAUGCAUUCAGAUGUCGACUGAGAAAUUGCCAGGAUCCAAUCAAUGCAGAUUCCUCAAGUUCUUUUCCUAACGGACAUGCUCAAAUCAUGACUGAUUUUGAAAAGGACGUGGACAUUGCUUGUCGGUCAGUUCUGCAUAAAGACAUUGGACCUUGCAGAGCAGCUACUAUAACGGGAACACUUUCUAGAAUUUCACUAAACGAUGAAGAGGAGGAGAAGGGACCAAACCCUGAAGGAAUGAGCUAUUCCACCUUGCCUGGAAAUAUCAUCUCCAAAGUCAUCAUCCAGCAACCAACAGGUCUCCACAUGCCUAUGAGUAUGAGUGAACUGGCCAAUCAGUGCUUGAAAAAAGACAACAGCGAGUUGCGGAGGACUGUGUAUUUAUGCACUGAUGAUAAUUUGAGAGGUGCAGAUAUGGACAUAGUCCAUCCUCAAGAACGGAUGAUAGAAAGCGACUAUAUAGUCAUGCCCCGGGGCUCAGUAAAUCCCCAGCCAUCACUGAAAGAUGAGAGCAAAAUGAAUAUAGGCAUGGAUACGUUGCCUCAUGAAAGGCUGUUGCACUACAAAGUUAAUCCAGAAUUCAAUAUGAAUCCCUCUGUAAUGGACCAAUUUAAUAUCAAUUUAGACCAGCAUCUUCCCACCCAAGAACAUAUGCAGAAUUUACCAUUUGAGCCCCGCACAGCAGUGAAGAAUUUCAUUGCCUCGGAGCUGGAUGACAAUGCAGGAUUAUCAAGAAGUGAAACCGGAUCCACAAUAUCAAUGAGCUCUUUAGAGAGAAGAAAAUCACGUUAUUCGGACCUUGACUUUGAAAAGGUCAUGCAUACAAGAAAGAGGCACAUGGAAUUGUUUCAAGAGUUAAAUCAGAAAUUUCAGACGCUGGACAGAUUUCGGGAUGUACCAAAAUCAGGCAGUAUGGAGAACUCAGCACCGAGCAAGGCUCCGUGGGACAGUUUCAAAACCACAGGCGACUACCAACACUAUACAACGAUAAACGUAUUAGACACAGAGGCAAAAGAUGCUUUAGAACUCAGACCAGCAGAAUGGGAGAAGUGUCUGAACUUGCCUUUAGAUGUGCAAGAAGGUGACUUUCAAACAGAAGUUUAACAAAAACAAACUGAACAAAACAAAAACAAAAACAAAACUAAUUCCUUGCACUGACAAUAAAGAGACUUUGGGAAUCCUGACGCUCCUGUCUGAACAUUGUGACUACUUUAUGUCAGGCUCUUCCUGUGCCAAAUGUCAGUGGUUUUUCGUACAGUAUAUUCCCACUAGUGCGGCUAGUGGAGAACCAGGUGUACAAUUCUUACCAUCGUGUGUUGUAAGUACCCGUGGAAUGGAUUUGUAAGGUAAUCUUUAUAGAUAAACCUCAAGCAACGAUUCAUGUUGUAACAGCUUCAUUCGGUUUAGUUUUCAAAAAACUUCACCAUGAAGCACAAUGUAUAUAUUUAUGCAGUUUUUAAAGUUUAUAACAGUCUGUUUGGCCAUUACUACACUUUUUACUUUAUAAUAUAAAAGCAAAGUUUUUGUCAUUAAAUGAAUGUCUGUUGAGCUACAUUCUUCAUUGCUUUAAAUGCAAUAAAGUAAUAAUCUCACUUUUAUAUGAAUAAUAUAUUUCACAUCUUUAUUAUUGCAGUUUUCUCUGGAAAGCUCAGAGUAGCUUUCUCUGCUGCAGCUGUGUAUAAAAUAUUUAAAAUGUUGUAUGGUGUAAAUAAACCUUUGUCUACA